AUGGCUGAAAAUAACCCGGAAGAAUAUCCACUGGGCUCUCCUUUAGUGCACAUUAAAAUGUGUGAAUCCCAUGAAUUGCAGAUUGACAUUAUAUGUGAGGACUGUGCUGAAUUUAUUUGUGUCACGUGUGCCAAAACAGAUCAUAGAGAUCAUGACUGGAACACUCUGACCACGGCAGCCACCCAAAGGAGAAGAGGUCUGCUUAAAUUUCUGAAGAAGAUCAAGGAAGAGGAUCUGCCUGGAAUUGAUGAGAAGAUGGAGAAGAUUUCACAACAGAUGACAGAAAAUAAAGAACUGUGUGACACUGAGAUUAAAAGACUACAUGGACAACAACAUGUUGAUGAGAUAAUGGCCAGAAAACAUCAUAAACAAACACUGAGAAACAAUUUGGUUAAGAAGAAUGAUCAACUGAACCAUGUGAAAUCAGAGUUAAAGAAGAAGAAGAGAGGAAUUGUUGAUACAGUGGAAUUCAUGGAGGAGAACAACAGUACCAUGUCAGAUUACAGCUUGAUUGACAACCACAGAGAACUUAUUAAAAUGUUGUCUGAAUUAGAGGUUCAUAUGACAUGUAUGACAAAAUGUGAACAUUCAGAGAGAUUCAUAAGACACCGUGUAUAUCCCAGCAUGCGGGGUGUAUACUAUGUUGUGCGCGGGGUGUAA